GCGGUGGGCGGCAGAGGGAGGGCAGCCCGGCCGCGCACCGGCUCUCGGGGUGGGGUGGGGGGGGGUGACCGGCCCCGCCGCCCCCGCGCACCAUGGCCGGGCUCCUGCCGCUGCUCCUGCUCCUGCUCCCGGCGGGACCCGCCUGGGGCGCCAAGGACAAGUGCCCCACCAAGAUGUACACGACGAGCGGGGAGUGCUGCAAAGCCUGCAACCUGGGAGAGGGGGUGGUGCAGCCCUGCGGGGUCAACCAGACGGUCUGCGAGCCCUGCCUGGACAGUGUCACCUACUCGGACACGGUGAGCGCCACGGAGCCAUGCAAGCCCUGCACGCAGUGCGUGGGGUUGCAGAGCAUGUCUGCGCCCUGCGUGGAGUCAGACGAUGCCGUGUGCCGCUGUGCCUAUGGCUACUACCAGGACGAGUCGAGCGGGACCUGCAAGGAGUGCCGGGUGUGCGAGGUGGGCUUCGGCCUCAUGUUCCCCUGCCAGGACUCGCAGGACACGGUCUGUGAGGAGUGUCCUGAGGGCACCUUCUCCAGUGAAGCCAACUUUGUGGACCCGUGCCUGCCCUGCACCACCUGCGAGGAGAACGAGGUGCUGGUGAAGGAGUGCACGGCCAUCUCGGAUGCCGAAUGCAGAGACCUCCAUCCUCGCUGGACGACACACACACCUUCUCUUCUGGGCUCCGACAGCCCCGAGCCCAUCACCAGGGACCCCUUCAACACCGAAGUGAUGCCCAGCACCCUGGCAGACACUGUCACCACCAUCAUGGGCAGCUCGCAGCCCGUUGUGAGCCGUGGCACCACCGACAACCUCAUCCCCGUCUACUGCUCCAUCCUGGCAGCCGUGGUGGUGGGGCUGGUGGCCUACAUUGCUUUCAAAAGGUGGAACAACUGCAAGCAGAACAAGCAAGGUGCCAACAACCGCCCGGUGAACCAGACGCCUUCGCCGGAGGGGGAGAAGCUGCACAGCGACAGCGGCAUCUCGGUGGACAGCCAGAGCCUGCAUGACCAGCAGCCGCCCAGCCAGAGCACCCAGGGACCAGCGCCCAAGGGAGAUGGGAACCUUUAUGCCAACCUGCCACCCAGCAAGCAGGAGGAGGUGGAGAAGCUGCUGGGCAGCUCCGCAGAGGAGACGUGGCGGCAGCUGGCCGGGGAGCUGGGCUACAAAGAGGACCUCAUAGACUCCUUCACCCGGGAAGAAUCACCCGCCCGGGCUCUCCUGGCCGACUGGUCCUCCAAGGAGACGGCCACCCUCGCCGCCCUGCUCGCCGCCCUGCGCAAGAUCCAGCGCGGGGACAUCGCCGAGAGCUUGUACAGCGAGUCCACCGCCACCUCUCCCGUCUGAAGGGUGGCCCGGGGCGGCCCCGCGGGGUCCCCUUCCCCCUUCGCCCCCUCACCUCUCCCCUCCCUGGCACCGAAAGCCCAGGAGGGGAGGGUGGGAAGGAAGCAGGGGCUCCCCAAUUUACAGUCCUGUAUGCACUGAGCUCCUGUUUUCGGUAUCACCCCCUCCCAAUGCCACCUUCCCCCGGCAGCCCGUAAGCAGGUCGGGUGUGGGGCUCAGUCCUGCUCAACACCCAAAGCCCAUCUGCUGCCCUGUGAGGCUGGACAGACAGACUCAGGAAUGACCACCGUGCUCUCAGCCCUCUCCCCUCUCCCCUUCCAACAAGCUCCUUGGGGCUCCAGUUCUCCUCUUCCUCCUGCCCUUCCUCCUCUGCCCACCCUGCCAGUAUCUCCCGCGCCCCUCCAACACCUUGAAAUCCAGCUGCUUUCCCCAAACCGCAGGCAAAGGGCAGGGCUGGGAUGGGCACGGAGAGAACUGGAGCUGCCCUACCAGGAUUUGGGGAGGGAUCUGGUCCUAUGGCCGGGCUGCGCCACGGGGGGUGGGCUGGGGGAAAGGACUUGGCUUCCAGCAGCCCAACCUACACUGUGAAAUUUGGGGGGUGGGGGCACAGCCCCCACACACGCUCUGCAGGGCUGUCAACACUUAGCCUUGGUGAGGAGUGGCCGGGACCACCCCAACGUUGCAGACCAGGCGUCCGGGUGCCACCACCUCCCUGGUGCUGGAGCACCGUGAGGGGACACACUGAAGGUCCAAAGGGCUGAAAAAGUGCCUGCCUGUGGUGGGGACACGAUGAAAGGGCUCUGCUCGUCCUUCCCCUGGCACCAGCUCUGACAUCCCUCUGCUGCACCGACCCAGGAGCAAAGCCACCCUGCCGCGAUUGCACUGUCCCUUCUCACCUGCAGACCCAGCCGUGCUGGUGGUCCCAACCCCCUGCUUGUAAGGGCUCCGUCUCCUCCGUCUCCAUGAAGGGGGGCUCAGAAAUAUCCCUGCCCGCUCCCCUGCAGGCCCUUUGCCUCCGUCUGGGCGUGCAGCGGGUGCUGCCUACCCUUGGCGCACCAAGUGCUUCCCUGGGGCACCCUCGGGUGGCCCCAGCACCUCCCCUCUGCCGGGACCCCACCACAGCCCCGAGGAGGAGACAUCACUCACCACCUGCACAUCUCCAGAGCUAUAAGUGCAUUUUCUUGGCAUAUCAGCUCCCCACCCAGCACCCAGCUCACUCGUCGGUGAUGCUGGAGAGCAGCCGCCGGGUGGGCGAGCACCCCUUUCCCGCUGCAAGCCGCCACCAAGCAGCCAGCGCAGUCCUGGGGGAUGUCCCCAACACAGCUAUGGCUUUGACAUCUCGCUUGCCUGGAGCAUCACGGGCUCUUUGCAGAGGAAGGACUGCAAGGCAAGCAGGCGCACAGCGCCGGUGCCAGGUACAUCUGCACCUGCGGACUCCCCUUUCACCUCUGGAUUCAGCCAGAAACUCUUUCGUGAAAGCAGAAGGUGAUUUUCCUCCCCUCUUUAAGGAGAUAAGCAAGACUUGUAAAUAAUAUUGUGUCGUUUUACUAACUGCUCGAUGUUUCUACGUGUGACACGGGGUGGUGGUGCCCGCCCCAGCCCCUCUGCUCUUCCUCACAGCCUUUCUGCCUGCAGGGCGAGCUUUCGUUUUGCAGUCCAAGCCUUCGGUCCCACCUCAUUUCUGGCCUUAAAGACUCAACGGGGAGGCAGGGAAACACGCACACCACAAAAAUCGCUGCAGCAGGUCCAUGAGAAACUUGGGAGUGUGGAGGGGUUUGGCUGUUCUCUGUGGAGCUGCCGGGCAUCAGGAGAGAGAGCUCAGCAUUUUCCAAGGGAUAUUGGAGCCUGUGUCAAUAGGAUUCGAGCACCCAGGUCCUUCAAAAGCUUUUGGGAGUUUUGUCCCCUGUGCUUUGGAUGAUAAAGCAGCACAGGCUGAAUCUGGAUCUCCAGGAUGGGAUAUUUGAUGCUUCCUGCCCUCGUGCAAUGAAACAGCAAAGAUCCCUUCGGAUGAACGACUUCGGCCAUUGGCUGCCCAAGCCAAACCUUGAAACACUUGGCCUCGACAGGGUUGUAAGUCCCAUGUCUGAGUCCCAGCCCUCUCCCUUCACUAAAACCCAAGGAAACUGCCCCAGAUUUGCAACUCCACUUUUAGUGGGCGACUCUGGCUUGCGAGCCCCCGGCUGGGGCGCCGGCUCCUUGCUGACCAAGCCAUCCACAGGGAUGCUUUUGGAUGAAUUUAAAUGUUGGUUAUCGUCAGGUUGUUUCCAUCGAUCCCUUUUUUUUGGUGAAGCGACUCAAAUAUGAACUAAGGGUGACUGGAAUAAAGUGCCCAGAUCAAAAGCAAAACAAACUGCCCGAUUCAGUCUGACAAGCCAACUCGGCCAUACCUUGCCAGCUGGAAAUUGCUUUUCUUCAGGACAAUAUUGCCACGGUCUCAGGUUUCAAUUGCCAUAGUAAAGGGAUUUCCUCAGGGCUGAGGAAAUGGAGACAAACUCAGCAUCCAAAGAGAAGCCGGGGGAUGCCUCAAAUCCCUGGUUGCAGGAAAUAAAUAAAAAUAAAAGUAAAAAAAAAAAAAAAAAGGAGGGAAAACCAAGCCAAAGUUAGUGCUCGUUGGUAUGUUUUGUGUCUUUUUCUAAUGUUUCUGUUGUACAAGGAAUGUGUGUUUCUCCACUCACCCCUGUGUAAUACCAGUGCUGAUUUAUUAGGAAGUUUUACGGUGAAGAAAUAGCCGUCGUAGAAGGAGUUUGCGGCUGUAGAAGGGGGGGUU